AUGGUUACCAUGGGCCCACCACAGGGUGUUCGUCCCGGCGACAUUCUGGAGGUUCUUCAUGAAUUUGGCGGGCGCGGAGAAGAUGAACUGGUCAUGUUACCCCGCGACAAGAUUGAAUUGGUCGAGUUGGAUGAAGGAUUUGGAGAUGCCUGGUACUUGGGCAAAAACCUUAGGACGGGACAAACUGGUCUCUUCCCUGCGAACUUUACCAAACUGCCCCCAAGAAAGACCCUCGCCGAGUCGCCAGUACUUGUAGAGUCACCGAUACAAUUAGAAUCCCCGGCGCAUGAAGAUUCAUCGUUCGCGUCAGUUGGGAGUGGACAGAGCACCCCUCAAGCAUCGCGCCACGUUAGCUCCGAUAUGCAGUCACCGCAAAUUGGUUCUCCCGCGCAUCGAUCCGCUUCGUCUCCGUUGCCUCUCCCAAGCCUAGCGGCCGAUAUUCAGCAAGCCUUUCGUGGUUCCAUGGACAAUCAUAUGAACGGCGAAGACAGUCCGGUUAUGAAUGAGACGUUGAGCGUCAUUGAUGAGCAUAUCACGGAUAUGAACAUCCCACGUCACAAUGUGUCGACCCAAGAACCCAAGAUGAUCAAUGAUUCCGGCAGCGAGUACAGCAGUCAUCUUGGCCAUAGGGCUUCGUAUAUCAAUGGAAAUGAAACCGACGAUGAGGAACAGAAUCAUCCAACCGAGCAAGAGGUGCGGAAAUGGAAUCAAAUACAGACUUCAAGAUGCUUGCGCGGGCUCGGCAUUGAUCCAAAACACUGCGACAUCUUUGAAGAACAAGAGAUCACCGGCGAUGUGCUUCUGGAUAUGGAUCAAGAUUUUAUCUUUAUGAAGGAAUUCGAUUUCGGAGUCAUGGGCAAGCGGCUUAAGACCUGGCACAAAAUCAAGGCAUUCCAAGAAGACACCAAGGGCUUCAGUCAACAGCAAGCCCCGAGAGACUCUGUCUCCUCCAGCUUCUCAGGCCCUUCCGAUGAACGCGCAUUGUCUCGCGCUGGACACACCGGUCCACUUCUUCCUCGGAUUCCGACCUUGUCAGAGAAGACCGGCGCUGGUUAUCCACGAGGCUCUGCUCCGGCGCAACAUCCCCGACUGGCCAGUAACAAUACCUCGCCUAGGGCACCGCAUACUCCUCCGUACAGUCACGAUUCGCCAAGGAGAAUUUCUGCAGCGUCGCUCCGUGAUCUCAACCAGGCGCGUCGUCAUUCUUCCAUUGAUGCCACCCAACGCGGCAUGUCUGAGUCGGUUUUCGCUGGUCACCAACAAAAGAAGCCCUCAUUCGACCGGUCAUGGACUCUCAAUUCCGGCCCUCAAUCCAUGCCUGUUCGCCCAAAUACUUCGGUGGGCGCUAGUCCAGGUGGCCUCCGGGGUGGACCGCUGACUGCUGAAUCGGAUUCUUUCACCAACUCUUAUACCAGCACCCCGGAUCAGAUUGAUGACCUAGAUCGCGGUUAUUUCUCAGGAACCGAGGUUGACUCGCGCCGAAGCCGCCGGGUUCUACAGAAACGGGGGUCCACUGGUCUAGGUGUAAACAAUCACUCACGAAAGUCAAGCUAUGCAGAAGAUCCAUAUAAAGUGAUCACCCCGGCGAAACGUCACUCUCGCAUUAGCAGUGCGGACUCGAUCCGUGACGCAGCAAAGCAUGUCUCCCCAGCAGCUCAGGCCUAUCAUGGCACGCCACCGAAGAGUCGGCUGCGGAGCUUGAGCACGCGCGUCUCAUCAGAUAGAAGUGGGAACAAUUCUCAGUCAUCAACCUCCGAGAGCAAGACUAGCGCCGGUGGUGGUUUCUUCGCCAACUUCUCUCGGGUCGGCAGCAAAGCUGAUCCGGAAACCUCUUCUCGCGCUCCGCCGUCGCAAUUCCAGCCACUGAAGAAUGCUGGGCCUAAGUUCCGCCGAGCCAUGGGCCUUCGUGCCAUCUCCGACGUUGUUGGGAAGAAGAUUGACACUUCUGCGCCGCCUGACUCACCGCGGGAGUCCGAUCCCACCUCUGCUCGCACUGGAUCCACAACUCCAUCAGCGACGUCCAAAAGCUCGGAACGGCAUAGUACAGAUGGGUCUGGUAAGGCUGCUACUGACGGACAAGGAUUCGUAGUCCGUCCUCGUACCGUCAAGUCCAAGAAGGAGACUAGUGCCUAUACUCGGGGUCUUGAGAAGAAGACACCGCGUGAGCAGAUGGAUGGCUGUGACUAUAGCGGAUGGAUGAAAAAGAGAUCCUCCAACUUGAUGACUACCUGGAAGCCCCGACUGUUCGUCCUGCGCGGUCGUCGUCUGUCCUAUUACUAUUCCGAGGAUGACACUGAGGAAAGAGGCUUGAUCGACAUAACCGCUCACCGUGUCCUGCGAGCGGAUCAAGAUCCGAUCAUCGCUCUACACGCAACAAUCACCGGUUCAACCGCGCUACCAGCCAAUGCCAACAACACCGUGGAAAGCUCCAGCGGCACGAAGCUCACCACUCCCUCGACCAUGCAAUCGCUGACCACCAAGGACGGCAGUGGGCCGUUCUUCUUCAAGCUCGUGCCUCCGAAGUCAGGCAACUCGCGCACCGUACAGUUCACAAAACCAGCCACCCAUUACUUCCAGGUCGACAAUGUACAACAGGGUCGUCUGUGGAUGGCGGCAUUGAUGAAAGCUACCAUCGAGCGUGAUAUGGGACAGGCAGUGGAAUCCACCAACAAGCAAAAGACUAUUAGUCUGAAACAAGCUCGGCUGAUGAAUCAGCGGCCGCCGGAGAUGAUGGUACCUGCUUCGGGCAGCACCAAAACUGAGCAGACCAUCGAUGAGGAAGAGGAAGAGGCAGGUCUUCAAAUCAAGGGCUUGAACCUCAGUCACUCCUCUGGCGCCAACUCUUUCGAUGACACGAACGGCAGUCUGGACAAAAAUAACACAGAUAAGGGCCUCGAACGAUCUAUAUCUAACCCCUUCGGAGACUUAGACAACAACCACUCGUCCUUGCUUCCGAAUACUCUAGGCAACAUGGAAUCUAAGUGA